UUUACUACAUAAUACGACAAAACCUACGCAGUAACAUUUGGUAGGGUUUAUUACUGCAACACUAGAAAAGAGAAAGAAGCGAAAUAAAAAAAUGAAAUCGGAACAUGAAAAAAGCAUAAUUGGAAUCGCAAUCCAAAAUACUUGUUUCUAGCAAGCCUUCUGGGAAACGCGAAAAAGAAAUAAAUUUCUUGCAAUUGCUUCUUCUCUCUUUGGUUUCUUCUCCGUCAAAUCAAAAACCCAUUUGCCAACUUUUUUUUUUUUGGGUGUUCGUGUACUGUCAGGUUUGGGGAAAGAGAGAUUUAGAAGAAACCCUAGAACAAGUACGGUCUUUGCUUUAAUGGGUCGCGAAUCUGUGGCUGCUGUGUCCUCGCCGCCAUCAGCGACUGCGCCGGGUACUGCUGUAGCGGCGACGGCACUUGCUCCGGGCUUCCGAUUUCACCCGACUGACGAGGAACUCGUGAGCUAUUACUUGAAGCGAAAGGUUCUGAGCAAACCCGUACGCUUCGAUGCGAUUGGGGAGGUCGAUAUCUACAAGCAUGAGCCCUGGGAUUUAGCAGUGUUUUCGAGGUUGAAGACGAGGGACCAAGAAUGGUACUUCUACAGUGCCUUAGAUAAGAAGUAUGGGAACGGCGCCAGAAUGAACCGAGCAACCAACAAAGGGUACUGGAAAGCAACCGGAAAAGACAGAGAGAUCCGCCGUGACAUUCAGCUGCUCGGUAUGAAAAAGACGCUUGUCUUCCACAGCGGCCGUGCCCCUGACGGGCUCCGGACCAAUUGGGUCAUGCACGAGUAUCGCCUUGUCGACUAUGAAACCGAGAGAAAUGGAAACCUGGUGCAAGAUGCGUAUGUGCUGUGCAGAGUGUUCCACAAGAAUAACAUUGGGCCACCAAGUGGGAACAGAUACGCGCCGUUCAUGGAAGAGGAAUGGGCUGAUGAUGAUGGAGGAGCUCUGAUUCCUGGAGUUGACGUUAGGGUCAGAGUUGAACAGCCACCACUUGCCAAUGGAAACAAUCUGAUGGACCAGGAAAUCCAGUCAGCAAGCAAGGAUCUCAUUAACAUCAACGAGCCACCAAGAGAGACUACUCCAAUGGAUACCGAACUUAACCAUCAGAAUCAUCAAGAGAAUGCCCUGAAGCUGCAGGUGAAUAACAACAAUAACCAUGGUGAUGAAGUUGAAGAAACACUCAAACGUGAGCAGGCAGAUGAAGAAGAUGAGCGUCCUCCUCCCGUAUGCGUUCUCAACAAAGAAGCACCACUACCUCUCCUCCAAUACAAACGUAGACGCCAAAACGAAUCCAACAACCACUCAAGCAGGACCAGUCAGGACCACUGUUCCUCCACAAUAACAACCGUCGACAACACAACCACCUUGAUCUCAUCAUCUGCUGCUGCCACCAACACCGCCAUCUCUGCGUUGCUUGAGUUCUCACUCAUGGGUAUCUCCGACAAGAAAGAAAACCCUCGACCUCUUCGGAAGGAAGCGUCUCCUCCAGCUUUAUCUACUGAAGAGAUGAUUAAUGAUCUUCAGAAGAAGGUUCACCAGAUGUCUAUUGAGGGAGAAACUUUCAAGCUUGAGAUGAUGAGUGCAGAGGCAAUGAUCAGUAUUCUCCAGUCAAGGAUCGAUGCACUGCAGACGUCGCUUGCUCCUGGGUUCCGUUUUCACCCGACGGAGGAAGAACUCGUUCGUUACUAUCUGAAACGCAAGAUCUGCAAUAAGCCCUUUAAAUUCGACGCUAUCUCGGUCACAGAUGUAUACAAAUCCGAGCCGUGGGAUCUCCCAGACAAGUCGAAGCUGAAAAGCAGAGACUUGGAGUGGUACUUCUUUAGUGUGCUUGAUAAGAAGUAUGCGAAUGGGUCGAAGACGAACCGUGCGACUGAAAAGGGAUACUGGAAGACGACAGGGAAAGAUCGAGAGAUUCGUAAUGGGCCAAGAGUCGUGGGGAUGAAGAAGACUCUUGUUUACCACAAAGGUCGAGCUCCUCGUGGCGAGAGAACCAAUUGGGUCAUGCACGAGUACCGUUUGGUUGAUGAAGAACUCGAGAAAGCUGGUGUUCAGCAAGAUGCGUAUGUGCUUUGUAGGAUAUUCUACAAGAGUGGGACAGGUCCUAAAAACGGAGAACAGUACGGUGCUCCGUUUGUGGAGGAGGAGUGGGAAGAGGAGGACGAUAUGACAUUUGUACCUCCUGGAAGUGAAGAUCAUGUUUAUGUCGAUAUGGAUGAAGCUGAUCAGAGGCCUGACAACCUUGUGGUCUAUGAUGCCGUUCCUAUUCCGCUGCAUUUCGAACCAGGAGAAUCCAGCAAUAACGUUGAAACAAACUACUCAGACUCCAGAAACUGUAUCCAACCAGGGAACUAUGUGCACUCUGAUGGCUACUUUGAGUUUUCGGAGGAAGAUAAGCCUAUCAUACGUGAUGGUACCCUUCGAAAUGAUGCAUUGUCUACAGAUGAAGAGAAUGGCUGUGGCGUCGAUGGUGAGAGCACGGGAAACUUUCAGUCUUCUGGCAACAUCUUUCUGAGUGAUGGUUUUCCUGUUGAGGGAAACUAUUUCGCCGGUGAGGCGUUUCUGGAUCCAAACGGUAACCUUGUGCAGAGCGAUGGUCUGUACCUGGAAACGAAUGAUCUCAGCAGUGGUCAGCAAGAUGGUUUCAACAUUGAAGAUUAUCUUACCUUCUUUGAUGAGAACGAUGAGGAUGCUCAAAACUUGACUUUCGAUCCUUGUCAGCUGAUGGGAAAUGAAGAUGGUGUUGCUGAUCAACAAGAGCUCUUUCCAAAGGCCGAGACUGAGGAAUUGGAAAAAGGGGAAGGCUCAGGAGGCAAACAAAUGGACAAGAGUGAAGCAUCUUGUUCGAAACAAGUCGAUGCUGAUGCAACAGAGUUCGAGCCAGCUGAUGGUUCGAUUCCUGAUAACGCAGAUUACAAGUACCCGUUGCUCAAGAAGGCGAGCCACAUGUUGGGUGCUAUUCCCUCACCGCCUGCAUUUACUUCUGAGCUCCCGGCAAAGGAUGCAGCUAUCCGGCUACACGCAGCACAAUCGUCAGGUUCGGUCCAUGUAACCGCAGGUAUGAUCACAAUAUCAGGCAGCAACAUGGGCUGGUCAUACGGCGGCAAAAACGGGAACGUUGACUUGCUCCUUUCUUUCCGGUUGGCCCAAGAGAAUGCGUCUGAGAAAUCAGGAAAUAGUUUAACAAGGGGAAUGUUAGUGUUCAUGUGUUUCUGGGUACUCGUACUCUCGGUUAGUUUCAAAGUAAGCACUUUGGUGUCUUCUCGGUGA